UAGAAUUUCCGGUGGCAAAGAAGUACUGGGUGAUAGAGCGUUCAUGGUUUAUUUUAUAAAAUCGGCGGUCUCAGUCGAGACUUAUCAUGGCUGGACUUGUGGAGGAGCCUUGAUCACAGAGUUACAUAUCCUCACAUCGGCUGCUUGUUUAACCGACGUCGGAUUCGUAUAUGCGAUUGCUGGAUACCGACGUUAUGUGCCAACUGAACUGCUGGACGUAGAUGAUUGCACGAGUACCAAAAAAAAGAGAGUCGUUAAAACUUGUGUACCAGAAGCUUACCGAUUGGAGUUCGCUAAUGCAUCAACAUGGGCAACCACCAACGACAUCGGAAUUGCAGUGGUGGAAAGUCCUUACAACUUUUCGGAUACAUCUUACUCUAUAUACUGUUCGUAUACUCCAAGACCCAUCGCAGUCAACUUUAGACUGCAGUCUACGACGAUGGGGAGAGACGUAGUGGCCUUGGGUUGGGGUUACACCGAUGGUCUUAGAAUGCCAUAUCACCUCAUGGAUCACAACGAAGAAUUUCUACGUGAAGCAUCUAUGCUAAUAGCAAAUUACAAGUUGUGUGAGAAUAAGUUUCAUAGCACAGCGAUGCACGUGGAUAAGGAUAUAAUUGACUUCUAUAAAUUGAUAUGUACGUAUGGGGCAGGAAAUAUAGACUCGGAAGGAAAUGUUAUAGACUAUGGUGAACUGGCAACAGAAUGUAUGGACGACGAAACUACGACAGGGACAGAAACAGUGUUACCCGACACAACGACAAAACCCGUUUUACGACAUUUAACUCGAGGGCUAAACCUAUAUCCAAAAUUAGAACCGCGGCCAGAACUGAAGCCACACCCAGAUCCACUUAAAUGGUCAGAACGAGACUCAGCAACAGAAGCGUAUCUAGAACCGGAGACAAUGCCAUGGCCAGAGCAAGAUAAAGGAGCUAAAACCAGAAGCAAACAAUACGAUUACUAUGACUAUAUUACAAAAGGUCUACAGCACGAUACUUUUACUGAUGAACCAGUGCUACACGCCACAAUAAUUAGCGAGAAAGUAAAUCCAGAUAAAUUGACAGACUAUGAGGAAAAGAAAUACGACUAUGAAGAAAACAAAUAUGGCAACGUGGAAAACAAAUAUGACAACGUGGAAAACAAAUACGACAAUCUGGAAAACCAAUACGACAACGUGGAAAACAAAUACGACAACGUUGAACACAAAUACGACAACGUCGAAAACAACUACGACAACGUGAAAAACAAAUACGACAACGUGGAAAACAAAUACGACAACGUGGAAAACAAAUACGACAACAUGGAAAACAAAUACGACUAUGACUACGAGGAUUUAACCCGAAGAUUUAAUAGAAAACGAAAGAGAAAAAUAACAAAGACUACAAAAACUAAUGCAGCAAAAUCCCUAAGAUGUGGAAGACUUAAGAAAGAUUUGUAUAUGAAUACGAGAAGACAGAGCAUUUGCCAGAACGAUCAUGGCUGUCCCCUAAUAACGUGGAUUGGCACAGAAGAAGUGUUAAUAGGGAUAGCAUUGACCAGCCUAUAUGACAAGGCCUACCACUGCAUCCCCCCCAACCUGUACGUGAGCACAGUGCAACACCCUUGGUUCAUCAAAUGUGUAGUGGCCACCAAAGACAUAAAGACUAUUGACCAUGACAAUGACGACAACGAGAACGUUUUGCGAUCGAAAUGUUACGAAUCCAAUUCAAAUAACAAGAAACACAACAUUUACGAGAAAGACAUUAAAUGGCCUGUACCUAAAAAAGAAGACUAAACAUUAAUUUAGUAGAUAUUAUCUACCUAAUUUCGCUGACUACUUUUAUUAUUUAACUUGUCACGCAACCUAGAGAUAAACGGCGUAUCUAGUGAUUUUGGUAGGUACUAUAGCCACAGAUUGCUAUUAAUAAUUACUAUGUAACAGAUAUAUCACUCUCACACAAAAUCGAAAAUACCUACGGUAUAAUAGCCUACUAAAUCUGACUAAUGGCACCAGGCGCUCACUACGAGGAAAAAGAAACCUAAGCACGCGCUCAGAGAGGUGAAAAUAACGUUGCACGCCGUGUGCAGUCGUGCGGAGCCGAAUGCUCAUAAAUGAAAGAUUUGUGUGAGCGCUUGCGCCGACGUUGGCGCACUCAGCCACAAUUGAAAAAUCCUUAAUUUGUAAUAUGAAGUUUAUUGACUAUCACGAUGUUUUAUUGCCAUUGUAGCGAAUCACAGCAGUCGCUACAAAGUUUUUUUUAUAGGUAUAUUUUAUACAGCCUUUUUAGCAGUUCAGUUUUAAAUUCUAAAUUUAAAUGUACUUGGCUUUGGAGCCUUUUCUUGUUAUUGUCACUAUUGUUUCUGUUUUUGAUUGAUAGCUGUGGAUUGUUUGUUAAAUAAACUGUAAGUAGGUUAUCAUUCAUUCGAUUCAAUACCGUC